AUGGAGGCAGCUGGAGGGGGAGAGGGGAGGACAGAGGAGGUUGUGCUCCAGCAGGAGGGUGGUGCCGCCCAGCACCUUCGGAAAAGGGCAUACACAAACUUGACUAUUACUAAAUGGUCAGCUCCAGUUGUGUGGCAUAACACUUACAAUGAGUCAGUCUUGGAAAAUUAUUAUGCAAAUCAUAAAAUUACUGUGGGGUUGAUUGUGUUUGCAGUGGGAAGAUAUCUUCAGUUCUAUUUGGAAAGGUUUUUGUCAUCUGCUAAUAAAUUUUUUAUGGUUGGCCAGAAAGUCAUAAUUUAUGUCAUGGUAGAUAACUUCUCCAUGAUGCCUUGGAUACCUCUGAAUCCCCUUCGUACAUUCAAAGUUUUCGAAAUUAAGAGAGAGAGAAGAUGGCAAGAUAUCAGUAUGAUGCGCAUGAAGAUCAUCAGUGAACACAUUGUCCAUCAUAUCCAAUAUGAAGUUGACUUCCUCUUCUGUAUGGAUGUGGAUCAAAUAUUCAUGGCAAAAUAUGGAUUGGAGACUCUGGGAGAGUCAGUAGCUCAGUUACAUACUUACUGGUAUCAGACAACUCCUGAGAUGUUACCUUAUGAGAGAAGUAAGUUAUCAGAAGCUUAUAUACCUAUGGGUGAGGGGGAUUUUUAUUACCAUGCUGCUGUUUUUGGUGGCACUCCCAUUCAUGUUCUCAAUAUUACCACAGAGUGCACAAAAGGAAUCAUGAAUGACAAGAAAAAUAACAUUGAAGCAGUGUGGCAUGAUGAAAGCCACUUAAACAAAUAUUUCUUUCUGCAUAAACCCACUAAAAUCUUAUCACCAGAAUAUUGCUGGGAUUACCGUAUUAAGAAGAAUUCUGAUAUCAAAAUUGUCAAACUCUCUUGGGAUAUUAAGAAUUAUGAAAUGCUUAGAGUGAUAUCAUAA